ACACAGUCCCAGACAAGGCUGAUCCUUUUCCAGGGAGUUAGGAAUGAAAAGUUCACAGCAAAGAUGUCUGCUUUAGAUUUACUGAACAUAAAGUUUGCCAUAUCCUUAGAGGGAGGUAACUCCCCUCAACAAAAACACUCUUGAGUAGUCAGUCAGCUGGAGCCUAACCUGAGGCUCCACACAGAAAUCCAGCCAAAACAUGUGCGCGCGCGUGCGUGUGCGUGUGUGUGUGUGUGUGUGUAGGGCAGGGAAGUGACCAGGCAAUUUCACAUCAGAAAACUGUGCGAACCAGAGGACACAAACUAAGAAAGUGAGCUACCCAACCUGAGAGCCCAUCCCAGGGCUCAGAUGGCGGAAGGAGAGAACCCACUCCUGCAAGUUCUCCACAGUGCGUGCCCAACCCUACACAAAAUUUAUUACAUUUAUUUAAAUGUGAUUUUAAAAAGAAGUAGAGGAAUUGGUCAUUUGAAAGUAGCCUGAGGGUGGAGAGAACACGAUAGACAAGAGCCACAACUCUGGAAAAAAUCCAACCUAUUCCUUACCAUCCCAAAAUACAUCUUAAAACUUCCACACUCGGAGGCCAGACCCUGGUGCCCUGUGUGACUGGGGAGGGGGAAGCGGAUAGCCAGGGCUUCUCAGCAAGGAGCAGGGAGGAAAUGGAUCAAAGGUGCUGUCAGAUCCGCCCGUCUGUCUUCCCCUCCUGCAACACAAAUGCGUGCUCAUCCCCGGUCCUCCGCCCCGGCUGCCUCUGCCUGCGGGGCCAGUCGCUGAUGCAAUCCGCAGCAGAGCGCGCCCAGCUCUCCAUCUUCCGUGCUCAGAGACCCCGAGCGCCACGUGUCGCCGCGCCGCAGCGGGAGGAGACGCAGACCUGCACCCAGGAGCUGGAGGCACCACACGGCCACGAGCAAUGAAGGACUGCAGUAAUGGAUGCCCGGCGCCCUUUGCUGGAGAAAGAGGAUCAGAAGUGGCCGAGACUUUCAGGGCCAAAGACCUCAUCAUCACACCAGCCACCGUGUUAAAGGAAAAGCCAGACCCCGACUCGCUGGUGUUUGGAACUGUGUUUACCGAUCACAUGCUGACGGUGGAGUGGUCCUCGGCGUCAGGAUGGGAGAAACCUCACAUUAAGCCCUUUGAGAACUUGUCUCUACAUCCCGCCGCCUCCGCUUUGCACUACGGUGUGGAACUCUUUGAAGGCUUGAAGGCUUUUCGGGGAGUUGAUAACAAGAUCCGGUUGUUUCGACCAGACCUCAACAUGAAGAGAAUGUACCGAUCUGCCGUGAGGACCACUUUGCCGGUGUUUGACGAGGAGGAGCUUCUAGAAUGCAUUCUGCAGCUCAUACAGGUAGACCAAGAGUGGGUCCCCUACUCCACCUCUGCCAGUCUCUACGUCCGCCCCACGUUUAUCGGAACCGAGCCGUCUCUUGGAGUCAAGAAGCCAUCCAAAGCCCAGCUCUUUGUGAUCCUGAGCCCCGUGGGAUCUUAUUUUUCUGGUGGAACAUUCAAUCCAGUGUCACUGUGGGCCAAUCCAAAAUAUGUCAGAGCCUGGAAAGGUGGAACUGGGGACUGCAAGAUGGGCGGCAAUUACGGUGCAUCCCUUUUGGCGCAGUGUGAAGCAGCGGAGAAUGGUUGUCAGCAGGUCCUCUGGCUGUAUGGCAAGGAUGACCAGAUAACCGAAGUGGGCACCAUGAAUCUGUUCCUCUACUGGAUAAACGAAGAUGGAGAAGAAGAGCUGGCGACGCCUCCGCUAGAUGGCAUCAUCCUCCCAGGUGUGACGAGACAGAGCAUCAUCGAGCUGGCGCGGCAGUGGGGUGAGUUUAAGGUGUGCGAGAGGUACCUCACCAUGGAUGACCUGACCACCGCCCUGGAGGGGAACAGAGUGAAGGAGAUGUUCGGCUCAGGGACGGCCGGCAUUGUCUGUCCAGUCUCAGGAGUUCUGUACAAAGGCCAGAUGCUGCACAUCCCAACCAUGGAGAAUGGGCCCAAGCUUGCAAGCCGCAUCCUGGAAAAGUUGACCGAUAUCCAGUACGGAAGGGAGGAGAGUGACUGGACAAUCGUGUUACCCUGAUGGAAAAUCUCAGUGGGUCGGUGGUGUGCCACAGAAGACAGACCUCUGCCCCGAACCAUGACCGCCUGUUUAGUUUUCUAUGUUAGAGUUGCAGUGUUCAUGUGUUACCAAGUUGAGGUUUUCCCUCGAGCCACAGGAAAUUGUCGGUACCAGAUAUCACCCGUAAACGCGGUAGUGACUGGUUACUGUCGCUUUCUCUACCGGAGCUUUCUCUGAGAAGAUAUCGAUGCCUCCCUUUGUCCUGCACAAGAUCCAAAUGUCUGUUUGUUAGCAGAAGGUAGCGUUCCCCCAACCAAUGAGACGUCUGUAUGUGCGGAAGGAUGGCUGAGGACAUUUCAUAGGUGGUGUCCCUGUGGCUCGUGGGUAGCCUUGGGAACACUCAGAGCAGGGCUUUUUGUUAUUGUUGCCGGUGAGUUUUUUUUUGGGUUUUGGUUGGGAGUUGAACUCUCUAGGUAGCCCUGGCUUGCCUGGUGCUCCCUGAUGUCUGCCCAGGCUGGUCUCAGACUCAACACAGUCCUCCUGCCUCCGCCUUCUAAAGCCGGGUGACGGCUGGGCACGGUCAUGUCUUGAUUUGUUUUUUUGUCUUUGAGUCAAAAAUGCAGUCACCUGGAUUUCUUCCCUCCAUGCUUUUGUAGGUCCUUAAGUCCAAGCUAAGGAGGAACUGUCCCUCCCUGGUAUCAGGGUCUGCCACAGUUUUACCUGGGGGUCUCUGAGGUUCAAGCUCAUUGCCCCCACUGCCUUUUGUAUUAGAACUGCCUGCUCACCAUGCUGCUAUGGACUAGGGACCCUAUGCCUUCUAGAUGGUUGUAUCCUCAAAGCCCAGCACAUGGUAGGUGUUUGGUACGUAUUUACUAUAAAAACAAACACUGAAGUGUGCUUCCUGUCUCUGUGCUGGACCGCUUUCGGAAGCCAUGCCCGAUUUUGGAAGCACACCGCAGCAUCACCUCACACUGUCUUUCUUGUCCACUGACUCCUACAUCAUGGUUGGUUGGGAGAAUGAUGUUACAUUUUAAGGUUAUCUUGGAGCUGAAGUGAUUGCCCCGGACAGAAUUCAUGAUAAAGUGCCAACCACAUGGAAAUGACAAUGCUGUACUUUGAGUAUUAUAUGCCAAACAAAAGGGUAGAUAGGGAGACGCUCUGGGUUUUGAUCUUCAUCCACAUUUUGUGCCAUUCUCUUGGGUGAGCAUUGAUGAGCCACCUGGCUGGGAAACAGAACAAUUCCAGACAGUGUUUCCCGUGUUUAGGGACUGUGAGUGGAAAGGUCUUUCAUUUCCCGGUUUAUCCAGGAGAGAGUCGUGUCUGCUCUUUAGCCUUUGCAUUCAGAGUCAGGAGCCCAAGUCUAGUGGUGUCCAGAUGUGCUCCCACAGAUGUCUGGGCAGCCAGAGCUACACACAGGAAGCCUGAGUUACACAGGCCCAGGAUUUGUGCUCCUUUGCUACCGCGCCCGGUGAUGUUGGUGCGGAGAGCAAAUAAGAACGGCAAGCUUUGACAUCGGAGAUUGUGGGAGGGAACAGCGUCAGCUGAGCAACAGUGUCUCAGCGUCAGCACAGGGGCCACAUCACUGCAAGGCCCAGCUUCUUUCUUAAGCAGACAGAAAGAAAGAGGCAUUGUGAGCAAGGCUCGGCUUUCAGGGAACACGGUCAGAAGGUCUUGAAGGGACUUAAGGGGACGGUAGUGUAAAGGUGGUGACAUGGCGACACUGGGUGAAGGGUUUGUAGAAGCACAGUUACGCACUCAGAGAUGGCCUUGUGCCGCAGCCAUCUUGAGUGUGGCACUCUAUGUUUGUGUUAAGGACCCGAGGUGGUUGUAUUCUGCAACAGAUAAAUUCUUCAUUGUUGGCAGGCUCUUCAGAUCUGUGAUUAUGCACACUUUGCUGCUGUCAAUAAAACAACUGAAAAGCA